UAUUAACAAAUGGGAUCAGUUUGUCUCAAACCAAAUGUAGAGAUUAGGCCGUCAAGAAAUAAGCUUUUACAAAAAAUGAGUCUACAAAACUCUGAAAUUAGUCUUGAUCUGGAGGAAAGCCAAACAAUUGAUAAUUUAUACACCCCUAUAAAGCUGAUAGGGAGGGGUGCUUUUGGAGAAGUCGUAUUAGUACAUAACAAAGGAGUUAACAAAUAUUAUGCCAUGAAAAUAAUUAGAAAAACUCUUUUUAAGCGACCUAAGCAUUAUGAACACCUAGAGACAGAGAAAGAAAUCUUGGAGAAGGUUCACCACCCUUUUAUCAUAAGAAUGGAGAAGUGAUUUCAAUCUAAAGAUAGGGUAUUUUUCGUUCUUGAAUUUGCACCAGGAGGUAGCUUAAGAUUCCAUUUCAACAACAAGCGAAAAUCCUCACUCCCUGAGGUUCAGUUUUAUGCUUCAGAGAUCCUCCUCGCACUUGAAUAUCUUCAUAAUUCAGGAUAUAUGUACAGAGACCUGAAGAUGGAGAAUAUUUUGUUAGAUAAACAAGGUCAUAUAAAGUUGGUAGAUUUUGGCAUCUCAAAAAUCAUCAAAGAUCGUGAAGAUAAACAAGACGAAAGGACUGAUACCUUCUGAGGAACACCUGAGUAUCUCGCUCCGGAAGUGAAAUCAAAGCAGAACUAUGAUAAAAGUGUUGAUUUCUGGAGUUAAG